AUGAUCAGUGCUGUGGUGGUCAUUCCUGAAGUUGAGGACAUGGAGGACUAUGCACCCCUCACCACGAAGGCAAUCCAGAGAGAAACGGUGGAUGACGUGCAAGUAUCCUCAAAGCUUGAUUUGGAAGAGAGGAUGCAAGUCAAUCCUGUUCGCAGAAGGCACGCUGAUGUCUUUUCCUUAAAGCCCAGAGUCACCAAGGUUGAUUACCAUGAGAUCAAGCUAAUUAGCACCACAUCCCUACGGAUGAAGCCGUAUCCUAUACCUAUUCGCUUAGUGAACACGGUCAAGGAGAUUGACAACAUAGAAGCUCCAGGCAUAAUAAGAAAAUCUUCAUCUCCCUACUGCAGUCCCAUUGUAAUAAUAUGCAAUAAGGAUGAAGGUGUGCGACUCUGCGGGAAUUACUGGAGAGUGUAUGCAGUAACUUGUGUGGAUGCAGAACCCAUGAAUGACCAGCAAGACAUAUUCGCUCGAAUUGCCAAUUAA